AUGGCUAACACAACACAGGCACAUUUGCUUAUUCACAGCAUUCAGACACAAACCUGUGAUAUUGGAUACAAAUGCUCUGUGCACAAUUUAACAGAUGACAUCAUCUAUUGCCUCAGUCUGCGUCUUUGGCCUGCUGGGGAAUGGGAUUGUCCUUUGGUUUCUCCGACUAGACAUCAGGAAGAAUCCACUCUUCGUUUACAUCCUCAGCUUAGCAGCGGCUGACUUUUUCUUUCUCUUUUUGCGCCUGUUUAUCACAUCUUUCUUUUUUGCACAGUAUUUUGCCACCCACAUCCUUCAGUGGUGUGAGCUGAUGACCAUAUUGAGCAAGAUGGAAGUGUCCUCAUUCAGCAGCAGCAUGUAUUUCCUCACUGCUAUCAGUGUUGAGCGGUGUCUCUCCCCUUAUGAUGAACUCUCCAGUGUUUUUUACAUGCUUGCCUGUAUCAAUAGCAGUAUCAACCCUGCCAUUUAUUUCCUGGUAGGUUUCUGUAGAAAGAGAUGGUUCAGGGAGCCUCUCCAGUUCAUCAUUCAGAGGUCCCUAAGUGAGGAGAAAGAGGCCGAGGAGGAAAGGAAUGUCUGCUGCAGUACUGAUAGAGACAUAGCAAACAGCCAAGUCAAAACCCCUAAGGCUAGUGUAGCCAGUGUGAAGCCCGUGGGCAUAACUGGGCCAGUGAUGACCUCCCCAGAUGCUUGUGAAAUCUCUGUGUUCUCCUCACAGCUUUAA